AACAGAAGCCUGAUAAUUUAGUACUUCGUACAUUGUCGUUAAGUGCACAACUGAGACACGUUAAAGCAGCGGUUCGGAAAUGCGUAUCGCGGUUAUUGGUGGCGGCGUAAGCGGCAUCUGUUCGGCCGUGCAAAUCUUGGAGUAUUUGAAAUCCAUCGGCGUACCCGUGGAAGUAACAGUGCUCUCUGAGACUUUCUCGCCGAAUACUACCGGCGAUGGGUCAGCUGGUCUGUGGGGUCCUUUUUUGUUGGGCGGCACGCCCACAGCGCGAGUAUAUCGCUGGUCAAAACACAUGCACGACUUUCUCGAGCAAAUCUGGUUGUCUGAGGAUGCUGGUGAGGCAGGUGUCUGCCUGAUACCAUGCCUAAGGGUAACAACAACCAAAAUGGAAAAUGAUGUUUUCUGGAAGGAUAUUGUUUAUGGCUGUCGUCAGCUUACACAAAACCAAUUGGCUGCGCUUAAUAUAGGGAGAACAAAAAAAUUUACCGAAGGCAUGCACUUUAUUACAUACACCUCUGAGCCGAUUAAGCUGCUACCUUACUUAAUGAAGCGUUUUGAAGCGAAUGGCGGCAAAAUUGUACAACAAAAGAUCGUCAAUUUGGCGGAAUUCAUAACGAAUUCGGAUUACGAUGCCAUUAUUAACUGCACAGGACUGGGUUCGCGUGAGUGUGUAAGAGAUAACGGUAUGUUUCCGAUACGUGGACAAGUUUCGCGCGUCAAGGCGAGUUGGUUGUAUUGUGCGCUGCUGGAUGAGAGCGACGAUGGCAAUUAUAUUAUACCAAACUGUGAUACGGUCGUUUUGGGUGGCACUCAUCAGGAAAACGACAGCAACACAAAAGUAUGUCCGAAUGACAAGGCAUUCAUCGUGAAUGGUUGUCGUAAAAUUUUGCCUGCUCUGGAGCAUGCGCAACAUUUAUACGAUUGGGUGGGGCUACGACCCGGACGCGAAGCGCUGCGUUUGGAGGCAGAGAAAGGAGGCAAAAAAAUCGUCAUACACAAUUAUGGGCACGGCGGCAGCGGCGUCACCUUGGCUUGGGGCUGCGCUGAAGACGUGCUGCAGUUGCUGAAAGACGAAUUGCAAGCGCGCAAGCUUGUCAAAUCGAAAUUGUGAAAAAUAAUUGUGGCGAAAUAAUGUGAAAAUUUAAGAUUUUUUUGUAAAUAUUGACAUAUAUAGGUUUUGUUAUUAAUAAAUUUGCAAGUUGUGCAAUAUUAAGGGGUUAUAACGAACCAAGAGCUAGUGAGGAAAUUUUUUUAUAAUUUUUUUUUUUAUAAAUUUUUGUUUCUAAGUGGAAAAUUAUUUAAUAAAUGCAUAAAAAAUGUAAAUUUA